UCUGGACGCGUUCAGCACUCGUUUUCUUCAGGAAUGUGCAAACGUCAUACCCCGAGCCAGCGCAGAACUUUCCUGAGUUGGUCAGAGUCCUGUACUGAAUUUUAACUUCAUUAUGUUUGGGAAAUCUGACUUCCCAGAAAUUUUACCCUCACCACCUUCUGCAUCAGCAGAAGGUCUUCUUGGACCAACCGAUUUUACAAUGGCUUCAGAAAGUUCUGGAAGGAAAGAAAGAAAUGGUGAUCAGUUUUAUUAUAAUUCUAAUAAUGACAUCAGCCAGUCUACAGCGGAUACUGUAGAGCAGUCAUGGCUGUGCAAAACUAAAGUAACUUCAGCAGAGUGCAAAUGGUCAGUUAAGAGACUUGAUAGCAUUGGCUAUGCUAGGAGUAGUUAUGUGAAGAACACUGAUAGGCUGUAUCCAGAAAUUGAAGUAAUGGAUGGAAAGGAAAUAGUAACAUUGACUACAUCAAAUACUGCACCAACAAGUUGUGUCAUAUCUGCUGCUCCACAGAAAAUUCUUUCACUUCCUACCAAUGUAGGAAAUUGUAUUAACUGGAAUUCAGAGAAGCAGGGGCAAGGACAUGAAUCAGAUUUGGCCAAUGAAAUGUGUAAUUUCAAUAGAGUCUCUUCAAAGGAAGAAAACCCACUGUUGCCCUUGUUAACCCCAGAAAGCUUCAAAUCUCCUUCUCCAUGCUCGACCCAAGAAAUUUAUAGUGUAGCUUAUAUGAAUUCCAUAAUCCCUCUAAAGAAAGACACAGAUGAGAAACUGGAAGAUGAAAAGGAUAGCACAUUACUAAAUGUCAGUGACAGCACGUUGCUAAAUGUUAAUGAAGAUUCUUAUUGCACAUCACAGACAGUGCAGACAAAUUGCAAUGGUCUGGCUUACAGGGAAGAGGAAAGCUCUCAAGCUGAUAUUCUAACUCCAGAACAAUUUACACGUCCUUUAUACCAGACACAGAUAAGCAAUGAUUUAAGUAACUUUGGCUCCUCAUAUUGUGGGAAUGGAGUAGAUGCUGAUUUAAUGAGUUCAGAUGUUGAAUAUGAACUUGAACAAGAACUUGCUGCCUUAGAGCAAGGUGAAGAUGAUGAUGACAACAAGGAAGAUCAGGAAAGACAGACACAAAGUAAAUCAUGGGCAGCUUAUAACAGUGAUCGUCUUCCUCCUAUUGGAGUCUUCUGGGAUAUUGAAAACUGUCAGGUGCCUAAAGGACUUUCCGCAACCCAUGUGGUUCAGGCUGUAAGAUCUCGUUUCUUUACUGGUUAUCGGGAGGCUGAAUUUAUGUGUGUUUGUGAUACACUUAAGGAAAACUCAAAAAUCCUUGAGGAAUUGAAUGAUGCUCAGGUAAAUGUUGUGCAUGUGGGGAGCACUGUGAAGAAUGCAGCGGACGACAAACUCCUCCAGAGUAUGAGGAGGUUUGCCGAUAUCCAUGGAACAGGUGCAACUAUUGUCUUAAUCUCAGGAGACUCAAACUUUGCUACAGAGUUGUAUGAUAUAAGAUACAGGAAGAAUCUACGUGUUAUAUUAGUCCAUAAUGCUCAUGCUCAAGAUUCUCUCAAACUUUGUGCUCACCAGACUGCCUUGUUCACGGAUGUUACACAAGAGCUUCCACAACGAGUCACUAAACCAAGGUCAACGAAUUUGCGUCGUGAAAUUAUAAUUAAAAACAUACCAGAGAAUAUGGAUGACAAUGCCAUUCGUCGCCGCCUGACAAUGCUGUCGGCUAAUUGUGGAGGCAAAGUGGGCAGGGUUCGACCCCAUGGAGUUCCUAUCUAUUUCCAAACACCUGAGCUGGCAGCAAGGGCCAAAAAGAGGCUAGAUGGUGAAGACGUGUAUGGCAGCAAGAUAUAUUGUACAUUUGGUAAGAAUUUUGACAAAGAAGGAUCCCCAAAAGUAGAUAUUAAGCACCUUCAGCACCAGAUAUCGCGGGACAGAGGGCAAGAAUCUCUGGAUACGUGGAAGCCUGUCAAUUCGCAGAUAUUUCCAAACCCAUCCCAGACAGGCAUGGGUGACACUGGCACAACAAGCCUGUCAUGGAGGGUGAGAGACCCUGUCACUGAUUCGGCCCUUCAACCCUAUACUGCAUUCAAAAGCUAUGGCAAGAAUCCUGCCUUGUCUUUUUCAGAUCAGCAUUUCGGAUCAUGCCAGCGUGCUUUUAGGAAUAACAAUUGUCGGAUUCAAAGUCAGUCAAGUAUGUCUGGAUCCAAUUCAAAUUUUGGUUUGUCUAGAGUUGACUGCAAUUCGCAUAAUGAAGGAAACAGUCGUGAUAUAGUUCAGCCAUUAUACUUGGACAAGACCCCAGAGCAGUUCAAGAAAGGACGAUCCCAAAGAAUACAAUUUCGGAUGAGUUCCCCACCAAGCUUUUCAUUCAACACACGAACGCCAGAUUCCUAUUCAUUGGAUUCUUCACUUAGGGCAAGAAGUCCCUCUCCUUUGUUAUGGAGUGGUAUGAGUCCUGUGAAGCCUGUAUGGAGCCCUUCCCCUACAGUUGAUGCACAAGGACAAAUCCUUUAUGGACUAAAGGAACUCUCCCUUGGGGAAGGAGGUGUUAUCGAUACAAGUCUAGCUAGUGUCCAGCAAGUCCCAGUAGAAUUACAAGUAACAAAUCUUGAUCAAAACAUUGAUGCCAGGGAGAUGAAACGAAUCCUUUUCACAAUAUUUAGAGAUCAUGUCAUGGUAUUGCAUGUGUCAGUAUUUGUUCAAUCUGACGGUAACUUGGCUGCUACCUUGCGGGUACCCUCACAGCAAGAUGCUCAGUAUGCCAUUUCUCAACUUCACCGUAAGAAGAUUGGUGCCAAGAGGAUUAUCAUAUCCUAUGUGAAUCAAAAUCAGCCAUCACCUGAAUUGAAAAGGUCUAAGGUCAUAGCUCUGCUACAGGAAGUUCCUGGAAAAAAGCUUCCUCUUUUCAAGUUUCGUGAGCUCUAUGAGAGACGCUUUCAUGAAACCAUUGGUGUAUCAGAAAUGUAUAACAUGCGGGAUAUAGUAACUGUAUCUGAUAACAGUACAGGUAGAAUGGUCUCCCUUCAUCCUGAGUUUCGACACAUGAGCUCCCCAAUCUUGACAGAGUCGGCUCAAGAGGAAGUAAGUGGCAGUAUAUCAUCCAGAUACUGUAAGGUCCAUAGUUCUGGCCCUGAUGAUUCCAUUGGUUGGGCAGAACGUGAUCAAAGCUCAAGUCUGCCAAAUGUAAAUAUGAAUUUGCGGACUUUGGCUGGAAGUAUACACUCUUUGCUUCAGUCCCACUCUGGUUCACUCCCACUGGCAAGCUUGGUAGACUGUUAUGAAGCAGAAAUUGGCCCUGUUGAUGAAGCAGAGGAUGGUGUACCUUUGGAACACUUGGUCUCCUGUUUGCCAGGAGUGUGCAUAAUGACUGCUACUGGUGGUUUCAAAUAUGUGCAGUGGGUUGAGAAUAAAGUAACAGAUGAAGCUGAAGAGCUAGCCCGAUGCGUGAGCCCUCCACUUGUUGGACAGUUGGCACUCUUUUCAAGAGAAUUAGUAGAUCUCCUUAAAACUUUCCCAUACUGCCGUUUACCUUUUUCUCGUUUCAUACCAGCAUACCAUCAUCACUUUGGCAGACAGUGUAGAGUAGCUGACUAUGGAUUUACCAAGCUUGCAGACCUAUUUGAAGCUCUCCCUCAUGUUGUGCAAGUUUUGGGGGAAGGAAAUAAACGCAUUUUGACAUUGGCACACAAAGCUCAGAUCAAAAGGUUUUCUUCAGAUCUUUUGAGGGUAUUAAAGGGCCAGCCAACAAAAGCCAUAACACUUGAGGCUUUUCCAGCUGCUUAUGAAAAGGCAUUGACAAGAACAUGGAAUGUGAUUGAUUAUGGAGUAUGUGAUGUUGAGGAUUUGCUGACUGAAGUUAGUGAAACGACAGUGAUAGUCACUCGAUCUGGCACUGAGACUACAAUUGCUAUUCCAAAGCGUGAACAAACUCCCGAAGAAAUAGAGCGAACAAGACAGUUUGCUGCCGAAGUUGUUGAGUUACUUCGGCACUCUCCACAAUGCAAAAUGCAGUUCAAUCGUUUCAUUCCAGCAUAUCACCACCAUUUUGGAAGACAGUGUAGGGUGGCUGACUAUGGGUUUAGUAAGCUGAUUGAACUAUUUGAAGCCAUUCCAGAUGUCCUUCAGGUCUAUGAUGAUGAAGAGGAUGGAGAGAAGCAGUUGCAACUGGUCGAAAGAGAACGUGUCCGUGUACUAGGAGAUCAAGUGGGGGCAGUGGUAAGAGGUGCUCCUAGGCAAGCUAUCAGGAUUUCUGCUUUAACUCAGGUCUUCACUCGUUAUUAUGGGUAUUCUUUGAAACCCACCCACUAUGGUGCUAACACUUUGGAAGAGCUUAUCGGAAAGCUUAGAAAUCAUGUGAAACUGGUGGAGACAGGUGAUGAACCUGUAGUUGCCCUUGUUGACCGAGGGUAUGUGCAUGAAAUCUUGGUUCGAGCACGUAAACUUCUGUGGGAGGACUCCAGCUGCAGCUAUCCCCUAGAUAAAUUUGUACAAAUUUACACUGACCGUUAUGGCCAUCCUCCAAGCAUAGAAGUGAUUAGACGGGACUUGGAAGAUGUACUUGUGAUUGAGGGUGAAGGGGAAGAAGCCAAGGUUAACCUGGUGCCACUACAGAUGUUUGCAAGAGAUCUCUUGACACUUCUCCAUGAAGCAGGGGGACGUAUGCUACUUCUGAAUUUUGAUACAGCCUAUCUUGACCGUUUUGGUGUUGCUUGUCGUCCAGCAACUUAUGGUUUUCCCAAUAUAGUAGCCCUUGUUCAAGCUCUAGGAGAUUUGGUGGCAGUUAGAGGUCGUGGAACGAAAAGAAUACUUGUCUUAAACAGGGACUCUGCUCCUUCCCCUCCUAGUUUCCACAUUCCUUCAUCAAGUUCAUCUUUCUAUGGAGACAAUACUGAGGGUGCAAGUGCCAAUAGUGAUACCAAGCCACCACCUCCCAGUCAUCUUCCUCCUCCAAAUAAGGUCACCCCACCUCAGCAGUGUGAUUACCAGCGCUAUAUACAAGAAGCUAAUUCAAACAGUCACUUAAUGAUGGGAAUGAAUGCUCCGACACCCCAUCCCUCCUACCAGCCUUCAUCACCUGUGGUUUAUCCUGGCUCUCCAGCACCAACAGGGGGAUCAGUCAUGUGGGGCCAGAUGUGGUCUCCUCAGUACCCAGUUAUGCCCCCACUGUCCCCUGCUCACUACAUGGUGCCAACACUUCCCAUGAGUUGGGGAAGCAUGCCAGCCUCUCCUGCUGGUCCUUUGGGAUCUUCCACUCCCCCAGCCCCAUUGCUGGGCACCAUGGCACCCCCGAUCUCCAUACAUAUGCUCGAUGAGCUCUCCAAGCAGGCAGGUAAAUUGAAUGAGGAGUAUGCAGCCCCUCCAAGUGCUAGUGAGUUGCCACCCCCAGAGCUUUUCACACAAAUGCAUCCUCAGGAGCAAAUGGCAGCCCAAGUAUCUACACCUGAUAAUUGUAACCAGACAUCAAGCAGUGUAAUCUGUGAAGAGGCCGAUGACACGUGGUCCAGCUGUAACAGUGAUGCCGACAAAGGUGAAGUUAACACCACCUCCACACCAAUGGCACCAAAACUUCGCACAAAGCGACGUUUAGCAGCACAAUUUGCAGCAAACUGAUUAAAGAAUUUUCCAAUAAAGUACAGCAUUGUGUUCAUCACAAUAGCCUAGUCCAUAAGUACUGGUUUAGGUGAUUUUGUGCAAUAAUUUUGAAGUUUUGUAAAGUAUUAAUGUCCGUCCAUAGACCAUGUUCAAUAUCAAUCAGUAUGACAUCUCAGUUAUAUGAACUGAUGUAUUUCUUAUUUAACUUGUUGUUGUUUUUUUUUUUUUUUCUUUGUAUUGUUGAUUUUUUUCUAGAUAUAUCUAGAUUUAAAGCAUUCUAUAAUUUAAAUGAAGAGAAAUUUUAAGUCUCUUGGCUAUUUACCACGUUGAUUAUGGUGCAACUUUACAUAAAAUUAUUUAAUCAUUCCAAGAAUGGGCGGUUAUUAUCAUAAACAUAGUUGUUGUAAAAGUUAGACCAGGAAGGAAGGGGGAUUUAAUAUUACAUAAUUUGUUUUGUCACUGUUCAUCAGUAUAUAAAGAUUUCUUAAAGUGCAAAUGUUUACAUAUUUAGAUUUAGCAAAUGUCAAUUUGCAGUUUCAGCCAAUGUAAACUUGUAAACGAAAGAAAAACAUAGUACAAAUGGUUGGACAAAGAUGUGUUAAUUUCUUGUUCCAAAUGUACAAAUACAGAAGAUGAACUAACUAAUGCUGUUGUUUAUUGGGCAUUUUGAAUGCAGCAUUAUUUGAAAUAGCACAGGAAGUAUUCUUCAAAAAUGUUUCUAUGAUCUAUUAAAGAUUGUUGUGUUUGAAGCUUGUUGGUCAUUUUUUUUCUAGUUUAGAGAAUUGAAGAUUCCCAUAUAAGGUUAACAACUAAUUUCGAACUAGGUGAGAAAUGGAAGGGAAGUUGAGCUGAGGCAGUUUAGUUUUUUCCUCAAAGCUGGGGUCUAUUGUGAUGUAGAAUAAUUUGAUUCUAUUUAAGUAAGUUUAGAAGCACUUAUGAAGUAACUUCCUUAAUGUUCUUGUUUUUUUAUACAACUUUUUAUAUAUUUGAAAAGUAUUGCAAGUUGUUGAUCAACAAGCUUCCAUAUGUUUUGUUCCUAAGUAGGAGUAAAAAUGCCUCGUUUUUUAUGACGUUUCGUUAAUCUUGUAUGGUUAUUCUUAUGAAUACAACUACAAAUACCAUUUUACUUGUCUUGACAUAGCCUGACAUGCUAUAUUUGGGUUACCGGUAAAAUAUUUCUGCUGUAUUAUAGCAUUAUAGUAUAUAGCAUUCAAGAGUUUGAGAAUGCAAGAUUGCAUAUUUCUGUGCUGAAAGUGUUAUGAUUAGCUUAAUCACAACAUCUAGUCUGUUAUUUAUUUUGAUAUUUAAGUCUGAUAGCAGACUGUACAAAAAUGCAUCAGCAGCUGUUAUUAGCCAACAAGUUUGUCAGGGUUUUGUCAAGCUUUUGUCAGUGUUGGUAAUGGGGUUCUCAGUGUUACACUGAAACAUUCCUUGUUGUGGAAGUUGCAAUAAAUGUUUAUUAUAAA